UGAUGGCGGGCAGAGGGGGCUGCAGGCGCGGGCGGGAGCAGCUGGAGCUGGAGAGGUUGGGCGAGGCGGCCGGGGAUGGCUCCUGCCCGCCCUCGCCGCCCCUCGCCGCCUGCUCACGGCAGGCUUGGAGCCGGGACAACCCGGGCUUCGAGCCCGAGGAGGGGGCAGCGGCAGGGCCGGUGCUGGAGAUGGACGUGGAAUGGGGUGGACCCGCCGCCGGCGCUUCCUCGUCGUUGGGCAGCGGUGAGGGCGGCGAUGGGCGGCGGCAGCGGCGGCUUCCCGCGGGGCGCGGCGCGGCGGAGGUACCGAACCGACACCAGGUGCUGCCCGACGGCCCCGCGCCCCACCGGGCGGCCUGGGCCAAGCGCCUGGCGAGGCGACUGCGAGGUCUCUGGGGGACAAGACUCAUGGAAGAAAACAACACCAGCAGAGAGCGAUAUCUGAAAAGCGUUUUACGGGAGUUGAUUACAUACUUGAUUUUCCUUGUGGUCUUGUGUGUCCUGACUUAUGGAACAGUGAGUUCCAGUAUGUACUAUUACACGAGAGUUAUGUCGCAGCUCUUCCUGGAGACACCUUUAUCAAAAAUGGAGAAAACUGAUUUCAAAACUUUGUCCACAAUGGAUGACUUCUGGAAGUUCACAGAAGGCCCAUUGCUGGAUGGUCUUUACUGGGAGAUGUGGUAUAACAACAAAACUGUGGCAGAAAACAAAAGCUUCAUUUAUUAUGAGAACCUGCUCCUAGGGGUGCCUCGCAUUCGGCAGCUAAAAGUGAGGAAUGGUUCAUGCUCAAUACCUGAGGAUCUAAAGGAUGAAAUCAAAGAUUGCUAUGAUGUCUAUUCUGUAGCUAAUGAAGAUACUGCUCCUUUUGGACUUCGAAAUGGAACAGCCUGGACAUACACUAAUGAGAAGGAUUUGAAUGGGAGCAGCCACUGGGGUUUGAUUGCCACUUACAGUGGGGCUGGUUAUUAUCAAGACCUCUCAAGAACCAGAGAAGUGACAGCUGUGCAGAUUGCUACCCUUAAGAAGAACCUGUGGCUGGACAGAGGGACCAGAGCAGCUUUCAUUGAUUUCUCUGUAUACAAUGCAAAUAUCAACCUAUUCUGCAUUGUCAGGUUGUUAGUGGAGUUUCCAGCAACUGGAGGCCUUGUUACAUCUUGGCAGUUUCAGCCAGUGAGACUGAUUCACUACAUCUCCACUUUUGAUUUUUUCCUGGCAGCCUGUGAGAUGGCAUAUUGUCUUUUUGUUCUUUAUUACAUGGUAGAAGAGAUCUUAGAAAUUCACAUCCACAGACUGCACUACUUCAAAAGUCUCUGGAAUUGCCUUGAUAUCCUUAUUGUUGUACUUUCUGUGGUAGCUAUAGGAAUCAGCAUCUACAGGACAUCAACUGUUGACAUGCUCCUGAAGAAGCUGCUGGAAGAUCAGAACUCAUUCCCCAAUUUUGAACCUUUGGCAUAUUGGCAAAUGCAAUUCAACAACAUUGCUGCAGUCACUGUGUUUUUUGUCUGGAUUAAGCUUUUCAAAUUUGUUAACUUCAACAGAACAAUGAGUCAGUUAUCCACUACCAUGUCUCGCUGCGUCAAAGAUGUCAUUGGCUUUGCUAUUAUGUUUUUCAUUAUUUUCUUAGCAUAUGCUCAGUUGGCCUAUCUUGUCUUUGGCACUCAAGUCGAUGACUUCAGUACUUUCCAGGACUGCAUAUUUACUCAGUUCCGCAUCAUUUUGGGAGACUUCAACUUCACAGAGGUCGAAGAAGCAAAUCGAAUUUUGGGACCAAUUUAUUUCACUACAUUUGUUUUCUUUAUGUUCUUCAUUCUUUUGAACAUGUUUUUGGCUGUUAUCAAUGAUACAUACUCUGAAGUCAAAUCAGAUAUGGCACAACAAAAGUCAGAAAUGGAACUGUCUGACCUUAUCAGAAAGGGCUACAAUAAAGCCAUGAUCAAACUGAAAUUGAAGAAAACUGCUGUUGAUGACAUUUCAGAAAGUCUGAGACAAGGUGGGGGAAAACUAAAUUUUGAUGAACUCCGUCAAGAUCUGAAAGGGAAGGGGCACACAGAUGCAGAGAUUGAAGCGAUAUUUACCAAAUAUGACCAGGAUGGGGACCAGGAACUGACAGAGCAUGAACAUCAGCAGAUGAGAGAUGACCUGGAGAAGGAGAGGGAGGAUCUGGACUUAGACAGGAGCUCUCUGCCACGUCCGCUGAGCAGCCGUAGCUUCCCCCGGAGCUUGGACGACUCUGAGGAGGAUGAAGAUGAAGACAGUGGACACAGCUCCAGGAGAAGGGGCAGCAGUUCCAGUGGGGUUUCCUAUGAAGAGUUCCAAGUGCUCAUGAGGAGGGUUGAUCGCAUGGAGCAUUCUAUUGGCAGUAUUGUCUCCAAGAUUGAUGCAGUAAUUGUGAAGCUUGAAGCAAUGGAGAGAGCCAAACUGAAAAGGAGAGAUGUGUUGGGCAGACUGUUAGAUGGAGUGACAGAGGAUGAAAGGCUGGGUCGUGACAACGAAAUUCACAGGGAGCAAAUGGAGCGACUGGUGCGGGAGGAGCUGGAGCGCUGGGAAUCAGAUGACACAGCCUCCCAGAUGAGCCACCGGCUGGGAACCCCUCUGGGGCUGACCCAACCUCGGCCCAGGACCUCCCGGCCCUCUUCCUCCCAGUCCGAUGGGAUUGAUGGGGGAGGAGGAAACGGGGUGAACAACAUCCAUGUGUAGGACAACUUUUUAGGCGAUGCUAAACGUUCAGUAUUAAGCCAGCCAAUACCUGCAGUUCCCCAGCAUGUGGUGGCCUUCCUGAUCAGGCCACCGAGCACAAGGGGCAAGUGGUGGGCAAAAGUAAAUACUGUCUUCAUAAGGCAUUUUCAGACCUAUGUAAGCUAUGUGUCAUGUUAAAAGUUACCCUUUGUGAGACUCAGCCUUGAAAAUGAAAAUGCAGGAAACAGAAUGGAAACUGAGUGUAACAAAACCUACAUGGAUGGAAUUUUGGUCCCAUACAUGUAUUAUGGGAAACACUUUCACAAGGGCAGCAAGCUUCAGACAAAAUAAUGAGCUGUGGCUAAAACAAAGGCUCUGAGUUUUGUGCUUUCUGUUGGAAAAUGAUUUUUAAAUGCUUUUAAAAGCAAUUUUGAAAAGAAGAUGGCAUCAGCUUGUCUCAUUCAUUAUAACAGCUGACACCUUCCAAAGAAGUAAACCAGCACUUUUUUUUUUUUACUUUGUUUCUGCCUACUUUUCUGAAUUGUUCUUGAUGUACCAACAUUUUCAUUAACUUCAGUGUUCUAUUUUCCUGUUCUUGACAGUUUCCUUAAACAGAAGAAAAUGCACUUAGUUUGUACAACCUCAAAUCACAUCAUUCCAUAAUAGAAACUGUACCCGCUCUGUGGUUUUGCAUUUCAUUAGCAUUUCAGAAGUAAUAGUUGAGAACUCCCUCUUCACACCCAGCUAACGUAAUAAUUUUCAGCUUUGUUGCAAAGUGCUCCUUUUUUUAAUGCUGUGUUUUCAUGAUCCUGUGAUAAACAUAAAAUAAGGGUUACUUUGGAGAAAAUAUAAUCUUUAAAAGCACACAAAUUUGAAAAAUUAACUUUUCCUUAGGUUUAACAGAGAAGGGGUCAGAGAAAUUGCUGACUGGAAAAAUCCAAACUCAUGCUCUACCAAGGUCUAAUCAUAUCUCAGCUGUGUAGCUUGUAUUUACAUUUAGCAGAACUGCUUGUAAAAUUCUUAGAUAUAUUUCUACAGAGGCUUUUCUGCUGAGCUGCAAUGAUUCCUAUCAGUAUCACUGAUUUUUAGUAUUUCAUUAACUUGCUUUCUGUGUUAUAGAAGCUGUAUUUUUGAAAGGAGAUGCAACACUGGGACACUGGUUUCCCAUAGAAAGCAUUGAAGCACAAUGUUUGUUGUUUUGUCUAGCAACAUGUUUCCGUGUUGUGGAAUGCCCCUUUAGGAGGGAAGUUGUCAAUUGUGCUUUUUUCCUGAAGAUGGCAUUUGUAUUUAAAGAUUUAGAGUUAGUGUAAAGGAAACUGAAAAGCUACACAAUCAAACACGUCUUAGCUAUUAGUAGGGUAUAUAUAUUUUUAAAAAUGCUUAUUUACAAAGUAUAUGUAGCAUGUAUAUAUAUGCUGGUGCUUUUUGAAGUGAAAAGCAGUUGUUACCAGGGGUUAACACCCCUCAUUCCUGUGAUACUGCUGCUUAGGCAAAGCUGACAUCUUGCAUAUGUUCUUACACCUGCAGUGACUGGGUUCAGAGUGGCUCAGAAUCCCUGCCCUCUGACCAGGGCAGUUUCUUACUGAAACUGAAUAGACCUCGUGCCUUACCUUUAAGUUUACAAGAAACCAUAUGCACAGAAACUUAAAUAUAAGAUGGAACAGGAAGAAGUUCAGAGUGGAAUCUGGAGUUUCUUAGUAGCUUUGGCUUGAGAACAGAAGAACAUGUGAAAACAGGUUUUGAUUCUUCAGAAUUAUUUUUUCUUUCUGUGGGUAAUUUUGCCCUGUUCUAGGAAGAAAUUCAUACCCUUUCACAAGAAGCCUUGUCAGCUUCCCAAAACUGUGCAGCACAGUGGUUAAGUAUAAACACUCUGUCUUGCCUUGAUUGAAAGUUUUUGGACCUUAGAAACCUUCCUGAGGAAAGGUUUUCCAUGUUGAACUGCCAUCUCUGACUUGGAGCAAACAAAACAAGAAGUGUAACUGUACACAUGGCCAGCUGGUGUGCAAGGAAAAUAGAAAAUACAGUACAAUACAAGGAUUUGAAAUGUCCAUAGCCUUAUCAUUACAUCCAUAUCCAAAAUGCCGUGUGUUGGUACGUGACAUGACUCACAGCUUAAACUUUGAGGCAGACUAAGUAAAUGUGUGUAUCAUGUAAUUGCUGUUGGGUAUCUAGGGUCUAGGAUACCCUAAGUGCUAAGAUAAUAUUUCAAAUAAUCAUGUACUUAAAUCAGUGACUUUGACAAAUAACCCAACUUCAUCUGUCCAGCAAGCAUCUGGAACCUUGAAGUUAUUCUGUAGGUACACAGUAAGAAUAUUCUGUAAGAAUACCUGUGUUAAGGUAUUUUACAGGGCUGUGGUCUGUAGAGCAUGUGGCAUGCUGAGGUUUAUGGCAGCAGGGACUGGGGAGUGUGCAGAACUGACCAAGUUGUCAUCUGUUGGUGAGGCAGGGUCUUUCUUGGGGAAAAGAAACAUAAUUAAAAUUAUCAGUACAGUUUUAAACAAGUUUCCUGUAAAAAUGCAUCCUUCAAAAUGUAAGUUCAAUCCUCUCUAGUAUAUGUUUAUUCUGAAAAUGUUUGCAUUGGCAGCUGUAUUUGGAGGUACAUUUCUGUAUCAUAUUGUAAUCUUGAAGUGCACUUAAGUUUUCAUGGGGUACCCCUGUGUGUUGGUAAUGGGCCUUGCAGUUAAGUUCAUGGCCACUUGACAAAUGUUACAAACAUUUUAUUGCUUCCUUUUUCAACUACACAGUAUAAUUAAUUUAUCACUUAUUACAAAGGUAAACUUUUUGCAUAGUAAGGUACAGUGUUUGGUCUUAUUAGGAAGCUGAUAAUUAUGCAAGUCUUGUACAAUGAUCAAAAAUGUAUUGAUCUGUAACACUGAGCACUUUACUUCCUAAUAAAUGUUAUAUAUAAUC